AUGGCAUCCGCAGCAAGUCAAUUACAACAAAAAGUUCUUUCGUUUUGGUUUAAAGAUUUCAAAAACGGACAGAUACUUCCGCCUUCUUUUUUACAAUUUUGGUUCUCCGGUGGAGCGGUAGAUAUCGAAUGCAGAAAACAUUUUAGCAAAGAAUUGGAAGAUAUUUUUGAGAAAAGAAGUUAUGUUGAUGAAUUGAAAAAAACUCCAGAGGGAACCCUAAGUUUAACGAUCUUACUCGAUCAAUUUCCUCGUAAUAUAUUUCGUGGAACUGCAAGACCGUUUGUAGAUUUUGACCCACUCGCAUUGGAAAUUGCCAAAUAUUGUUUACAUCUUAAAUGGGAUGAAAAAUUGGAACCGAUUCAAAAAGUGUUCAUUUAUUUGCCACUUGAACAUUCAGAGAAAAUGGAAGAUCAGGAUCUCAGUUUACAAAAAUAUAAGUGUCUUGCUGAUACCGCCCCUGAGGUGCAUUCCGAGACGUUGAAAAGUUUCCUUGAUUACGCCGAAUCCCAUAGAAACAUAAUCAAACAAUUUGGUAGAUUUCCUCAUAGGAAUAAAUUUUUGGGGAGAAUACCUAAAAAAGAAGAGAUAGAUUUUCUUGAACAAUGUGGCGAAACAUUUGAUCCAUGA